AUGGAUUAAGAAUUAAUAAUCAGCCCAAAUGAUAAAAAAUAAUAUUCUUUAACAACACUCCCAAAUUAAUUAGAAUGUCUAAUAAUAUCAGAUCCAAAUACAAAAAUAUCUGGAGCAUGUUUAGAAAUAUGUGUAGGAUGGGUAAAUAAUUAAUACAAAUUUUAGCUUGAUGAUCCAAAAGAAUAUUAAGGCCUUGCUCAUUUUUGUGAGCAUAUGCUUUUUAUGGGAUCUGAAAAAUAUCCAACCUAAAAUGAUUAUACCUCCUUUAUCCAAUUAAAUUCAGGAUCAUACAAUGCAUCAACUUGGCUUCAAAGUAUAAAUCUUAUAUAUAAUAAUCUAGGAACAAAGUACCAUUUCAGUAUUUAAAAUGAAGCCUUUGUUGGAGGUUUAGAUAGAUUUGCAUAAUUUUUUAUAUGUCCUCUUUUCGAUAGUAGCUGUAUCGAAAGAGAAAUGAAUGCAGUAGAAAGUGAAUUCAAUUUGUCCUUAGCUGAUGAUCAAUCAAGACUAUGGGAGUAAUUAUACAAUUAAAUGCUCUCUUUAGAAUAUUUGUUCAAUAAAGUGAUCCCGAAUCUACCUUUAAUCGUUUUGGCUGUGGCAAUCUAUCUACUUUAAAUAAACCUGACAUAAGAGAUCAGUUGCUAGCGUUUUAUGACAAAUAUUAUUGUUCAUCCUUAAUGAAAUUAGUUGUUUAUACAGAUAAAAGCAUCCAAGAAGUAGGAUAAAUGUAUAUAAUAUAUUAGUAUUCUAGAAUUCAUGAUAUUUUUUCUUUGGUCCCAAAUAAGUGUAGAAAAAAGCCAUUUCAUCUAGAUAACCCUUUCAGAGGAUAAUUUCCUAAAGUUGAUGUAGUUGGAAUCAAGUAAGAAGAUUAUCUAUUUUUGAACUUUGUCAUUCCUAAUUAUGAGAACAAAUAUUUAGGAUAACCAGAAAGCUAUAUUACUCAUGUCUUAGGACAUGAAGGCCAAAACUCAUUGGCUUCUUUUCUUAAAGAUGAAGGACUUGUCACUGAAUUAAUUGUUGGAUCUCAAAGGCUAAAUGAUCAGGUCUCAGAGAUUUAUUUAGAAAUAAUUUUGACAGAAGAAGGAUUCCAAUCAUACGAAAAAGUCAUAGCCUUUGUGUUCAAAUAGAUUGAAAAAAUCAAGGAAAAAGGAGUCAAAAAGGAAAUCUUUGAUGAAAUUGCCUAAAUUAAGCAUCUUGAAUUCAAAUUUAAGGAAAACACAUCCUCCGUUUUAGAAUACAUAGAGAAACUUAGUGAAAACAUGCACAAAUACCCAAAAAAUCAUAUUAUUUAUGGAGAAUAUGCAUAUGAAAAGUAUGAUCCUUAAUCCAUUAAUGAAAUACUUAAAUAUCUUAACCCAAAUAAUAUGAUUAUUUUCCUCAGAAGUCCAAACUUGUAUUUUAAUUCAUAAAUUAUAUAGUGCUGAUGAAAAAGAUGAUGAAGAUUUCACAACUGAACCUUACUGUAAAACUAGGUAUAGAAAAUAGUAAAUUUCAAACUUGAUCUUUUAGGCUGUAAAAAAUUGCAACAAUUUAAAGGGAGACAAAACACAAAAAAUAAUUGAUAUUUUCCCUCCAAACUUAUACCUCCCUCAAAAUUUUGAAGUAAUUAAAGAGACUGAUGAAAAUCAAUAUCCUCUUAAGAUCUUUGAAAAUGAUUAUAUCAGAUGUUUCUAUUUGAAGGAUAAUCAAUUUCCUAUAUGCAAAGGUUCCUUCGGGAUGUAAUUUUUUCCAAAUUAAGAUUUUGUGACAGAUGAAAAUUAGAGGGUUUAAUUUGAUCUAUGGUCAAAUAUCUUCUAUUCUUAAUUUGAAGAAACUCUAUACAAUGCAGAAUGUGCAGGAAUCUCUUAUAAUCUAGAUUCUGCCUAUAACUUUGUUUCUUUUAAAGUACAUGGAUUUAAUGAUAGCAUUUUAAGAUUUUAUAUAGAUUUUAUUCAAUAUUUGUUAGAUUUUCACAAAUAACCAACAAAUUAUGUUAAGAAACAUUUAUUCUACGUUCAAAAAGAUGAUUUGGAAGAUAGAUAUGAAAAUUAUUUUAUGAAAAGUCCAUAUGAUUUAAAUGCAAGUUAUUGGAAAUGUAUGGUUUAUAAAACAGGAAAGUUUAUGAAAGAAUAAUUGACCGAAGUUGAAAUCAAGAUGAAUGAUUUCAUCUCUUUCACUGAAAAACUAUUCAAAACUGUAAGAAUGCAAAUAUAUUUUCACGGCAACAUCUCAAAAGACGCUGCCUUGAAUUUGUGUUAAAUUACACACAAUCUAUUUUCUGAAUUUUCAUAACCCAACAAAUCAAUAUAACCUUUAUAAAUAAUGAAGAUUCAAAAUAAUCAAACUUUCAAAUUUGAGAAACUCAUUACAGAAAAUCCUGAUGAACCUAAUUCAGGCUUGAGGAUAUCAUAUUAAGGUGAGUAAUCACUUGAUCCUACUCUUCUUUUAUACUUUGAUUUACUCAAUUCAAUAAUUUCUGAUCCAUUUGAAAAUUAGCUUAGAACAAAUGAGUAGCUUGGAUAUGUUGUUUAUACAAAUAAAAGUAACAGAAGAGGAAUACAUUUCUUUAAUUUUAUUAUCAUAUCAGAAGCUAAAUCAACGAAAUAUAUUGCUAAUCGUAUCGAUACUUUUUUAUAAGAGUUUUUAACUAAAGACCUAGCUGAAGUAAUUAUUUGAAUUAAAUUUAGUUUAAUGAAGAGAAAUUUCAAAAAGUCAAACUGAGUUAUUAUAAUGACUAAUCAUAGGAUUUUUAAAAUAUGAAUGAAAAAUUCAAAGAUUUUUGGAAUGAGAUUUUGAUUAACUAAUAUGAUUUCGAUAAAAGUAACCCAUAUUUUAACAAUUAGAAUAAAAAUUAAAAGAGAGAAUAGAUUCAAUAACCCAUGAAAAAUUCUUAAGUUUUGUCCAAAAUCUAUUCAAGGACUCAAAGAGACUUGAAAUUCAUAUUAUUAAUAAAAGGCACUUAGAUUGGGAAUUAGAACAUGAAGAAAAAAUAACUGAUUGUGAAUGGUUCAAUGAUUUAUUUUAAUUAAAGUGA